AUGGAAAGAGGUGCUGAUAUUACAGAAGGAAAAGUGAAACCUGUUGUGCCAGAAGUAGGAGAAGCUCACAAAUUACCAAAGUCGAAGACCACAGUCACCGAUGAGUUUGAACCAAAUCCCAGAUUCGAAAUAAUCCAAAACCAGACUAGAUAUGAAAAUCUUCUCCUUCUUGUCAUCUUCUAUGAUCUAAAAACCCUGAUUCAGAACAAACCUAUAUCCAAAGAGGAAGAAGAUGUACAGUGGGAGAAAAAACCUACUGCCUCCGUUCCCAACACCCUCUAUAAUCAAAAUCUACGCCUUCACCGCCCCCUGACGUGCAACAUCUCCGGCCACCAUGGAGACUCUAGUGGUCCAACCACACCUAAAUCGAUUGACAGUCAAAUAAGUCAUCCUGAUGCUGUCACCUGGAACAUUAUGUUGUCUGGUUUAGCGGGCACUCGGGUUCAUGAUGCAGAGGUGAUGAAGUUGUUCAAUGCUAUGAAUUUGGGGCAGCAUGUUAAGGCCAGUUCAGUUACUGCUGCAAUUGUUCUUCCUGUUUGUGUACGGUUGAACGGUUUGAACUUAGGAAAGAGUGUCCAUUCUUAUGUGAUAAAGUUAGGAUUAGAGUCGCAAACCCUCGUGGGAAAUGCGCUUGUUUCGAUGUAUAUGAAGUUUGGGUAUGUUUCAAGUGAUGCAUAUAAGGUGUUUGAUGAAAUGUCUGAAAGAGAUGUUGUGUCCUGGAAUGCAAUGGUUGCAGGGUUGGUGGAAAACGGAUUGGUUUUUGGAGCGUUUGCAAUGUUUAGACGGAUGAUAGCAGAAAGAACGUGGCCGAAUUAUGCUACAAUCGCAAAUAUCCUGCCCGUUUGUGCUUUGCUCGAUAGCAGUCUUGCCUACCGGUUUGGGAAAGAGAUCCACGGCUACGCACUGCACCGGGAAGAACUGGUUGCCGAUGUUUCUGUUGCGAAUUCUCUCAUUUGGUUUCUUGGAAUUCUAUGA